AUGGCGUAUAAGAGCCUGACCAAAGCACUUAAAACAAGUUCCCCACUCAAACCUUUCCAAAGUCUUUCAUCGACACCUUCCCCAUCGUAUCCAUGGAUUCCUUCACUGCUAUCACCUCCUACUUCUUCACCUCCGCUCAGACCGCAAAGGAGGACAUCCGCAUCGAGACCAUUGAGCCCGUCGACAUGGACGGUUCUGGAGGAGGUUCCAGCGGUUGUGUUGUUGUUUGAAUGGCAAUCUCCGUUUUUGCAUGAUGUGGAAGUGAUCACACCGCUCGCUCUGAAUAGCAUCCCUCCCACGCACAUUAUCGCUUUCGUUCCCCGACCUCCCGGUCCCUUGCGCUACCCAUUUCGGGCCAUCCCACCUCAUUUCAUCAACUUGACUUAUUCUUAUCUUCGUUCUCCAUUGUGGACUCUAUGGUGGUCGUCGCCUUUUGGUCUUUCGGAUUUCGUUCAUGCUGUGUCUGACCAUUGUUGA